AUGAUGAGCAGCAGUUCUGACAGUUGCGGCGAGGAAUCGGAGCACGUGCCGGAAAAAUUUUCCGACGAAAACGCCGGCGUGGGGCGGUCGUACGAGUGCACUUUCUGCAAGAGAGGGUUUACUAACGCUCAGGCACUGGGAGGCCACAUGAACAUUCACAGGAAGGAUAAGUUGAAGGCCAAACAGGCCUGCAAUAAUAAUCAACAAAAAUCUGCAGAAGAAAUUUCCAGAAAACCCAAAUCCAAUCAUCAAGUAUAUGCUGCACAGAUCUCUAGUCAACAGCAACAAGAGCAAACUUUCUGCUAUUCAUCUUCAAGGGCAUAUGUUAAGUAUCACCAAUUCUUCUUCCCAUCAUCGUCGUCAAACCCUAGCUACCAAUUCCAAGUGUUGGAUCAUCGUGGGCAUUAUCGGAAUUUCGCCCUGCAGCAUGGAGAUGCAGAUCUUAGCCUGAGAGUUGGCAGCCCAGAUGAUGAUGAGGAAGAAAGAAAGGAAGGUAUGGAGGUAAGUGAAGUGGAUUUGGAACUCCGUCUUGGCCCUAAUUCAGCGUUUAUGUGA